AUGAUCCAAAAUGCUUUAAUUAAUUUCGAUCCAUAUCUGACAUUGGGAGUGGAUAAGGGAGCUUCACAAAAAGAUAUCAAGAAGGCAUAUUAUGAUUUGGUAAAGAAGUACCAUCCUGAUGUGAACAAAGAGAAAGAUACAGAGAAAAAAUUCCAUAAGAUCCAAGAAAGUUAUGAAUUGUUGAGUGAUAAGGAAAAGAGAGCCCAGUAUGAUCAAUUUGGAGCCAACGGAUUUGAUGAACAUGGAAAUACUAAUCCUUUUGCAGGUGGUAAUCCAUUUGGUCAAGGUAACCCAUUUGGAGGAAAUCCAUUUGGAGGUGCAGCUGGUGGAGGAAAUCCAUUUGGAGGGUUUGGGUUUGAAGAUUUAUUUAGAGAUGCCUUUAGAGGAGCUGGUGAACAAGGUAGACAAGGAUCAUAUUCACGUGGAGGAGCACCUUUUAUGGAACAUGUAGGUGAUGAUGUUGAAGUGUUCAAAACGAUUUCAUUCAAAGAUGCUAUUUUCGGUACUAAAGUUAAGGUCAAUUAUAAAGCCAUUGAUAGUUGUAAUACUUGUGAGGGAACUGGGUUAAAGACUGGGAAGAAGAAAUCUACUUGUCCUACAUGUCAUGGUACUGGUAUGCAAUCACAUCUGGUUGGAGGCUUCCAUAUGGCUUCUACCUGUAAUUCAUGUGGAGGUUCAGGGGUUACUGUGAAAGCUGGUGAUGAAUGUGGAUCAUGUCAUGGUAAAGGUGUGGAAGAGACUACAAAGACCGCAGAAAUCGAUUUACCACCAGGUAUUGGUGAAGGUACCAGAUUAAGAGUACCAGGGAAAGGUGAUGCACCAAUGUUUGUCACCAAGGAUCAAUUCAAUCGUAUUAAGAAUGGUGAUUUGAUUAUUCGCGUAAGGGUUGAGAAAGAUCCAAACUUUACACGUCAAAAUAACAACAUUACUUAUAAUCAUGAAAUAUUGAUGACCACUGCUGCUCUUGGAGGAGAAAUCAUUGUCCCCACUAUUGAUGGUGAAAAGAUUAGAUUGAAGGUAAGACCUGGUGUUCAAAACGGUAGAGUUUUAACGGUUCCAAAUAAAGGUGUACCUAUCAAUCGUAAUGUGAAUAAUAGAGGUGAUAUGGAUAUUGUAUUGAAUGUUAAGACCCUUGUUCCUGAAACACCCAUUCAAACAGCCUUAUUGGAAGCAUUAGCUGAAUCUUACAAUGAUACCGAAGCUAAAAGAACAGAUGAAUCUACUUUAAAGAAUGACUCUGAAAAUGUCGAUCAAUCCAUUGACGAAAGUGAAUUACAUCCUUCAAGAUUAAAGAAGAUCAGUCAUCUUUUAGGCAAGUUUUUCAACAAGGAGGAAAAGAAAUGA